AUGGCUACCGGGGAUUCUCCAAGUAUACCAAAAUAUAUGGCAUUUUCGAAAUCUGGGGUGCCUAUUAUAGGUGCUCUCAUUGAUUAUAUGGAUACAAGCUUAGAGUACUUAAGGUUCAAAACAUUUUCAAGAGCUGAGAGACUCAAUGUGAAAACAUCUAGAGCCAAACUUUCAGCUUCGUUUAUGGCAGCUUUGUGUCUUUUACUGGGUUUAAUUUGCAACGUUAAAUUUGAAGUUGUGACAUUCGAUGAAGUGCCUUUAGCCAAUGAUUUGCAUUUUGUUUUGAUGAGUAAAGACGAUAAACUUUAUAUUGAUGACAUUGAUAUUUCGAGAGUGAUGUGGUGUAUCGAAGCAUCGGAUACUCUUGUUAUCCUAAUCAGUACGCUACUCAUUUGGAAUUCGUCUAAUGUGCGUUCUCCACUAAGUGAGUACCUGUUCUUACCAUGGUUGGGAGCAUCUCUUCGUGGACUCUUUUUGCGCCAAGCACCUACAGCUGGAGCAUUGAUAUACACUAUGACAGUCGUAAACGGAAAUGUAAAUUGCUUAUUCUUAACGACAUUUUUCUUUCUUUUUCUAUUUGAAGCACGACUCUGGUUAGAAGUGGCUCGACUUGUGCGCUUGCGGUUUGAGAGGCGCGAACACGUUGGUUUAUCACGCAACUCACAGUACGAAGUGGAGACACUAUGGAGCAAUGAUGACAUACAAAGUGUGGAAGUUGGGAACUACGUUUACUGAAAAUAUCGACCAUUUUUAUCUAAAUUUAAAACUGCCUAUAUCUGUCUUUUCCACUACUUAUUUACUAUUUAAUUUGUAAAAUUGUUAGUUUUUAUAUGAACUGUUUACCUACUCUGUUUUUUUUUUAAUGAAGUGUUUGUUUUUUCUUUCACUUAAUAGAUUGUAAAAAUGAGAAUGUUAAAUUUAGACAAAAACGGUCCUUUUAAAAUAAAAAAAUAAAAUAAAAACAAUAUUAAUCGUAUAAAAUUAUAAAA